AGUCUAAUGAAUGAAAAUAUAUUCAGAUAAGAUGGAUGACGACAUCACUAUCAUGAAUGAGGUCAACAAGGAGGAUAAGGAGAGAGAGCGGGAGAGAGAAAGGUCUGAGAGUCGAAAAAAUGACCGACGCAGCAAUGAGCGUGGAAGUGGAGACAGAAGGAAUUCUGAUCGAGGACGGGGUGGGAAUAGGAAACGAGGGUACGGAGGAGACUGGGAUAAAAACAAGAUGCAGUUAGCUCAGAUGCAGCAGAGCAUGAUGCAGAGCUGGGGGGCACAAAACCAAAACGAGAAUAUGGUGGGCAAUCCUCCCCUACCCCCACCCCUCCCAGGCAAACCACCCGCCAUGCCACCAGCUCCAGGCAUGCAGGGCAUGAACAUUCCUAUGAACUCCAACAUGCAGGGGAUGAACAAUUCUAUGGGAGGCUCUGGAAUGGGACAGGGUAUGCCGGGGAUGGGACCAGGCAUGUCGGGAAUGGGACAGAACAUGCCCGGCAUGGGACAAAACAUGCCAGGUAUGCCUAACCAAAUGGGCCAGGGCAUGAAUAACAUGCAAGGCAUGCCCAACCAAAUGGGGCCAAAUAUGCCGGGGAUGAAUCCCGGAAUGCAAGGGAUGGGUCAAGGCAUGAUGGGCCAAGGUAUGCCGAACAUGAACACCUCCAUGGGUUCAAACAUGUCAGGAAUGCCCUCCGGUGUGUCCGUGAUGAAUAACAUGAUGGGGAACAUGCAGGAGAUGAUCAAGAUGACGAUGGGAAACAUGAACAGCAUGAACAACGGUAUGGGUAUGGGAGGGGGUAUGAACACGAACAUGAAAAUCGCGAACAAGGCUGCUGAACAGCUGCCUGGAACAGACGAGCUUAGCGACACGAUGAUCGGACCUGUAAAGCCCGGAGAGGACAGAGAUGCUCCAGCUCCUGGUUCAGGGAUGAUGGGAAUGAUCCCGACGAUGGAUCCGAACCUAGCAGCUGCCUGGGGCGGAUGGGUGAUGGCACCUGAUGGGCAGAUGGUCCGCCAGCCAAUAGUUUACAGGCUCAGUGUACUGUACCCGCCCACUGCUUCAGCUCCUACUCCAACCCUGAGGGAACGCCCCCCGGGCUGCAGAACUAUAUUCAUCGGUGGUGUUCCUGAGAUGGCAACUGAGGAGGUUAUUAGAGAUAUAUUUGAGCACUGCGGACCUAUUCAAACUGUUCGGAUGAAUAAGAAAAAUUUUGCGCAUAUCAGGUAUAUGGCCGAGAUGGCUGUUAGCCAUGCUGUUCUACUCUCUGGCUGGAGGCUAAAGGUUGAUAAUAAGGAUGAUCAACCGUACACUGGUAGACUUCAUGUAGAUUACGCACAGGCCCGUGACGAUCUACAGGAAUAUGAAGCUAAACAGAGACAGGUGGAACGAGAAGAACGAAUGAGGUUUCGAAUGAUUGAUGAGAUGAGACCUCCAUCUCCCCCUGGAGUUCCUCAUUAUAGUGACGGAGAGGCACACGCUGUUGUCGAGAAACUAAAGAGUGACGCAAACUUUGGUGAAGGAGUUGAGAUCCUUGAAACCUGGUUGAGUCGAGGAGACUGUAGUAAACGGAACGCAGGGAUGUUCUAUACAAUGAUUCAAGCAGCAAAUACGCAUGUCAAGCGUCUUCUGCAGGAACAGAAUGACUUUGAGAUUGAGAUGCAGAGAUUGAAGGAGCAAUGGAAGGGAAAAAUUCAAAUCUCCGUGUCUCAAUUUGGACAGAUUGAGUCAGUGUUUGGGAAUGCGAGUCACCAGAAGGUUUGGGAUCAUUUCACAAAACCUCAGAGGAAGAAUAUUCAGAGCUGGAAGCAUCAGCUCACGGAGGCUAAGGCUCUGGCCAAGAAGAAUAAAGCCCCAACAGAUGAGAUGGAUGUAAGCGAUGAGGAGGAAGAAGAAGAGAAAGUAGAAGAAGUAUCCCCAAAGAAGAAGAAGAAGAAGUCGCAAGGAAUGAGUACAUAUGACAGCGAUAAGUUAAAGGAGGAUAGUGAGAACUGGGCCUGCCAGGUUAACGCAUACAGAACAGAGGUUGAAGCUGUGAAGGCUGAGAUGACCGGUGAGCUGGAUGAAAAGAAAACUCAGAUUAAAAUCCUUCAACAAACCCUGCAGGGUAUGCAGAAACAACUGAUUGAAAUGCAGAAGAAGAAAUCAGAGGAUGAAGCAGGACCACCCAAACCUAAGGUUCUAAUCCCUCUGGCUGAAGCUGAAUCUAGGAUAGUAGCUGUAGUAUCUACCUAUCCAUCCUAUAAACCUACCUAGUACCUAUAUCCUGUUUAGUUUCUAAUCCCUCUGGCUGAAGCUGAAUCUAGGAUAGUAGCUGUAGUAUCUACCUAUUCAUCCUAUAAACCUACCUAGUACCUAUAUCCUGUUUAGGUUCUAAUCCCUCUGACUGAAGCUGAAUCUAGGAUAGUAGCUGUAGUAUCUACCUAUCCAUCCUAUAAACCUACCUCGUACCUAUAUCCUGUUUGGUUAUCUAUCUUCUAGAAUUAUCUACCUAACUAUCCUAUAAACCUACCUAGUACCUUUAUCCUGUUUAGGUUCUAAUCCCUCUGGCUGAAGCUGAAUCUAGGAUAGUAGCUGUAGUAUCUACCUAUCCAUCCUAUAAACCUACUUAGUACCUAUAUCCUGUUUAGUUAUCUAUUUUAUAAACUAUCUACCUACCUAUCCUAUAAACCUACCUAGUACCUAUAUCCUGUUUAGGUACCAAUCCCUCUGGCUGUAGCUGAAUCUAGGAUAGUAGCUGUAGUAUCUACCUAUCUAUCCUAUAAGCCUACCUAGUACCUAUAUCCUGUUUAGGUUCUAAUCCCUCUGGCUGAAGCUGAAUCUAGGAUAGUAGCUGUAGUAUCUACCUACCUGAACACCCAUCCCUACGGUGUUACAGUAGACUAUAUCUGGACCCAUCUACUCAAGAUAGAUUCAUCUAUUCUCAAGGAAGAUGUAACUGCUAUACUGAAGAAGUACAAGGAUUGUUUUGCAAGCGAAGAGAACAGUUCAGAUAAAGAAGAAACAUGGAAAUUCGUUGCAUUUGAUAUCAAAUACUGAGCUUUACGUUUCCGGAAACCCACUGUACAUAAAAUAACGUCACAUAAGCGUUUUAUGUUGUUCUCUUUUUUGUUUUUAUUAAAUGCAUUUUCCAUCAGAAAAUUAAAGUUUUGUUAAAAUAAAAGUUUUUGGUGAUAA